UCCGAGGACCCCCGGACUCCGCCAUGGAAGAUGAAUAGGAUAAUCUCGACGUCAAGCUCCAAGCUCCGCCACUUCCGGCGACAAGUCACCGCCAAGACCGACGACGACGACGACCGGCACCGUUCCCGUUACAUCCUAUGGCGCUACCAAAUCCUCGAACCGGACAGCGACAUCGUCACCCACUGGAACCACGUCUUCCUCAUCACCUCCCUCAUCGCGCUCUUCAUCGACCCUCUCUACUUCUACCUCCCCUCCAUCGGCGGCCCCGCCUGCUUCUCCGCCGACACCGGGUUGGCGAUCGUCGUCACUCUCCUCCGCUCCGUCACCGAUCUUUUUUACUUGUUGCAUAUGAUCUUGAAGUUCCGGACAGCGUUCGUUGCGCCCUCGUCUAGGGUUUUCGGGCGGGGCGAGCUGGUUAUGGACGGCAGGGAGAUCGCUAUGCGGUACUUGAAGUCGGAUUUCAUCGUCGACUUCGCUGCGUCUCUUCCUAUACCACAGAUUGUCAUCUGGUUUGUAAUUCCAGCAACGAGAAACUCCAGUUCUGAUCCCACCAACAAUGCUCUGGCUCUUUUUUUUCUUAUGCAAUAUGUUCCUAGGCUGUUUCUCAUCUUCCCUUUGAAUCAGAGUAUUAUAAAAACUACAGGUGUUGUUGCCAAGACUGCUUGGGCAGGAGCUGCAUACAAUCUCCUUCUUUACAUACUAGCCAGUCAUGUAUUAGGAGCUAUCUGGUAUAUAUCGGCCAUAGGCCGGCAGUUCUCCUGCUGGAAAGCUGAAUGUACCAAGGAGAAUGCUGCAGGAGUACUGUUUUGCCUUCCUAGUUAUUUAGAUUGUCAUAGUGUGGGACAAUCUGAACGACAAUACUGGCUAAACAUCACUAACGUUAUUGCCACUUGUGAUGCAAAGGACGAAGACGUCAGUUUUAAGUUCGGAAUAUUUGCAGAUGCUUUUACUAAUGAAGUUGUUUCCUCACCUUUCGUUGAGAAGUUCUUAUAUUGUCUUUGGUGGGGUUUAAGAAAUCUAAGUUCUUAUGGACAGACUUUGGAGACGACCACAUUUCUUGGGGAGACAUUAUUUUGCAUUUUCAUAUGCAUUCUCGGUUUAGUUCUGUCCGCAUUUUUUAUUGGCAACAUGCAGACUUAUUUGCAAUCAAUGACGGUAAGACUUGAAGAAUGGAGGAUUAAGAAAAGAGAUACUGAGCAGUGGAUGAGGCACCGCCAGUUACCUCCGGAUUUGCAAGAACGUGUUCUUCGGUUUGUUCAAUACAAAUGGCUCGCCACAAGAGGAGUUAAUGAAGAAUCUAUAUUGCUUUCAUUGCCCUUGGACCUCCGUCGUGAAAUUCAACGGCAUUUAUGUCUUGCCCUUGUUCGUCGUGUCCCUUUCUUCUCACAAAUGGAUGACCAACUUCUUGAUGCCAUAUGUGAACGCCUGGUCUCAUCCUUGAGCACACAAGGCACAUAUAUUGUUCGAGAGGGUGAUCCAGUAAAGGACAUGCUGUUUAUCAUUAGAGGACAACUGGAGAGCUCAACAACUAAUGGAGGAAGGUCCGGGUUCUUCAACUCCAUCACCCUCAGACCUGGUGACUUCUGCGGUGAGGAAUUACUGACAUGGGCCUUAAUGCCCAACUCCAGCCUCAACCUUCCUUCUUCAACUCGAACCGUUACAGCCCUAACUGAAGUUGAAGCUUUCGCUCUGCGAGCCGAGGAUCUUAAAUUUGUUUCCAGUCAGUUCAAGCGCCUCCACAGCAAGAAACUUCAGCACGCAUUCAGGUACUAUUCCCAUCAAUGGAGGACAUGGGGUGCUUGCUUUAUACAAGCUGCUUGGAGAAGAUAUUGGAAGAAGAAGCUGGCAAAGGACUUGACCAGGCAAGAGAGCUUCUACUAUACGUCAAGCCCUGACCGAGAUAGUGACUACAAUGAUGAGGUAGCAGAUGGGAAUUUUGAGGAUGAGAAUGGUGAGAGAUCAGUAAAGGACAAUGCAAACAAUGGCCAGCAUCUUGGGGCCACAAUCCUGGCCUCCAAGUUUGCUGCAAAUACAAGAAGAGGGGCUAACCAGCAGAAAGUUCUGGUGGGUGACCCUGCUUCAACAAGCUUAAAGAUGCCCCAGUUGUUUAAGCCAGAUGAACCUGAUUUCUCUGUAGAUCGAGAGGAUAUUUAGUUAGUACCAGAGCCAUAAAAAACUUGGACAAAUGAGCUAAUGACAGAAUAGUUAGGAUUUUUUUUAUACAACUUGUGUAAACUAUACCUGUAGACUAGA